AUGGUUGGGACGAGCAAUAGCGAAGACUUCUGGGAUCAGCCUUACUACUGGUUUACAAAGACUGUGUUUCGGGCGAUUGGUCACUGGCCGUAUCAGUCACGGCUGGAACUUCUCAUGUGCCGCACAGUACUACAAUUCACUUAUUGGAUUCAAAUAGUACCACAGAUAAUCGCAGUCAUUCGUCAUUAUGACGAUUUAGAUCUCAUCAUGGAGACGAUGAGUUCCUUUAUUACUGAUAUAGCUGUAAUAUGCAAUUUGAGUACGUUCUUUUUCAACUCUGACAAGAUUCAACUCCUCCUGGAGCAAGUCAAGGAGGACUGGAAUAUUUUUCCAAUGGAUAACGGGUUACAAUUGCUCCACGAAUAUACUCAAUUGGGAAAACAGAGGGCAAUACUGUAUUCAGGCGGUCUCUAUGCCUCAUGGUUCGUGUUUGUAAGUGAACCAGUACACGUCAAGUUAUUUCUCCUCUUCAAACCAUCGAAUAAAACAUUGCCAUUGAGAUUCGCUAUACCAGUGGAUUAUGGUCCACUUGACAUGGAAAAAUACUAUUACACUAUUCUAGUAGUAGCAGCUGUCUCCAUAUUUGGUAUUGUCACGGUGAUUGUCUCAGCUGACAUAUUACUGUUCCUCUACGCCCAACAUGCGUGUGGGAUAUUUGCAGCAUUGGGAUUUGCCAUCGAAAAUUUACCAGUUGAUGACUCCUUCCGGGAUAAGACGAAAGAUUAUGAAUAUCAGUAUAUGAAGAAGUGUGUUAUAAUACAUCAUCGAACACUUGAGUUUUCGAACACCAUUGAAGAUAUUUUUUGCUGGAAUUUUUUUGUGAUGAUUGGGCUCAACAUGAUCGUCAUAAGCAUGACUGCGGUGCAGGUUGUUACCAAUCUGGAUGCAGUAGCCAGACUUUUCAAGACCUUGGUUUACGCGAUUGCUCUGACGGUGCAUCUAUUCAUUCAAUGUUUCAUGUCACAACAGAUUAUAGACAGCAGUCUUGGCGCUCAACAAAGCUUAAUGAAUGCGAGAUGGUAUCUCAGUACAGACCAAACGAAACAAUUGUUGCAAUUUAUGAUCAUGAGGAGUCAAAUUCCGUGUCAGCUGACUGCCGGGAAGGUGGUGCUCAUGUCCCUAAAUACAUUCAGUUCCAUAAUCAGAACCUCGGUGACUUAUUUCACAGUAUUCUUAGACAUGCAAUAA